CGCGUGUGUUUGUGUGUACUGUAAAGUGAUCCGUGGCAGGGCAGAGGAGAUGUAGCAGCGCGGAGCUGGUUCGGGACUCCGUGGCCAGCAGCCGUCUCGUCUGUCACUUGAAGCAGCAGAAAGUCAUCAUCUGUCCGACAUUAAAACGCGCCAUGAGAAAGCUUUAACGUCCCGGUUCUCUCGCAGUUUACACCGGACUGUGCCACGCAAUGCGACCGAGAGCAGCUGCUGCUGGAAGGAUACAUUUCGGUGUGGGGACUGGUUUGUUGGAGUAGCUCGUGCUAACGCAGGGCUAACGCCUGCGCGAAGAUGCUGCGGUGGAUACGACAGCAGCUGGGCUUUGACCCGCCUCAUCAAAGUGACACCAGGACAGUUUAUGUAGCAAACCGUUUCCCCCAGCAUGGUCAUUACAUCCCACAGCGCUUUGCAGACAACAGGAUCAUUUCCUCCAAGUAUACGAUUUGGAAUUUUGUACCCAAGAAUUUGUUUGAGCAGUUUAGGAGGAUUGCAAACUUCUAUUUUCUCAUUAUCUUCCUUGUACAGUUAAUGAUAGACACCCCAACUUCUCCAGUCACCAGUGGGCUCCCUCUCUUCUUUGUGAUCACAGUCACUGCUAUAAAACAGGGCUAUGAAGACUGGCUGAGACACAAGGCAGACAACGAGGUUAAUGGAGCUCCAGUGUUUGUGGUUCGCAGUGGAAGUCUGGUACAGACGAGAUCCAAAAAUAUUAGGGUGGGGGACAUUGUCCGCGUAGCUAAAGAUGAGACCUUCCCUGCUGAUCUGGUGUUGCUCUCAUCAGAUCGUGCUGAUGGGACUUGUCACAUCACCACAGCCAGUCUCGAUGGAGAGACCAACCUCAAGACCCAUUUCUCUGUACCAGAGACAUCAGUGUGUCAGUCAGUGACCCAGCUGGAGGCUUUACAGGCUGUAGUGGAGUGUCAGCAGCCAGAAGCUGAUUUGUACAGAUUCGUAGGUCGUAUCACUGUGACUCAACAUGGAGAAGAGAUCGUCAGACCACUGGGUCCAGAGAACCUGCUGCUGCGAGGUGCCAGAUUGAAAAAUACCAAAGAGAUUUUUGGUGUGGCAGUUUACACAGGGAUGGAAUCCAAGAUGGCUCUCAACUAUAAGUGCAAGUCCCAGAAACGCUCCGCAGUGGAGAAGUCAAUGAACUCAUUCCUGAUCAUCUACUUGGUCAUCUUGCUGUUUGAGGCCAUCCUCAGCACCAUUCUGAAAUAUGCCUGGCAGGCUGAAGAGAAAUGGAAUGAACCUUUUUACAAUCAAAAGACUGAACAAGAGAAAAACAGCAGUCCGAUCCUUAAGUUCAUCUCUGACUUCUUGGCGUUUCUGGUCCUCUAUAACUUUAUCAUCCCCAUCUCACUCUACGUCACUGUGGAGAUGCAGAAGUUCUUGGGCUCUUUUUUUAUUGGCUGGGAUUUGGAUUUGUACCACGAGGAAAGUGAUCAGAAAGCUCAGGUCAACACUUCCGAUCUCAAUGAAGAGUUGGGACAGGUAGAGUACGUUUUUACCGACAAGACGGGUACGCUAACAGAAAAUGAAAUGCAGUUCCGUGAGUGCACAAUAAAUGGAGUCAAGUACCGAGAAGUAAAUGGCAAACUGAUACCAGAGGGAAUGACGGAGGAAUCUCCAGAUAGCUCUGCAGCACAUCUGAUGACUGAGGAGUUAUUAUUUCUCAAGGCAGUGUCAUUGUGUCACACUGUUCAGAUCAACUAUGACCAGCCAGACUGCUUGGUGGGAGAUCCGUUUUCCCAUGCCAACGGUUUCUCUUCCAAUAACAUGGAAUACUACGCCUCCUCACCGGAUGAGAAGGCUUUAGUAGAGGCAGCAAAGAGAAUUGGAGUGGCAUUCACAGGCACCAGUGGUGAUACCAUGGAAAUUAAAUCAUUUGGCAAGUUUGAAAAGUACAAACUCCUCCAUGUGUUGGAGUUUGAUCCAAAUCGCAGGAGAAUGAGUGUCAUACUGCAAACUCCUUCAGGAGGUAAAGUGCUUUUCACCAAGGGUGCUGAGUCAGCCAUCUUGCCUUUCACCACAAGUGGAGAGAUUGAAAAGACGAGACUGCACGUAGAUGAGUUUGCCUUGAAAGGUCUGCGGACCCUUGUGGUGGCAUGUCGCCACUUCACUUCAGAGGAGUACGACGAUGUAGACAAGCAUCUAACUGCUGCUCGCACAGCUCUGCAGCAGAGAGAGGAGAAACUACAGGAAGCUUUCAGCUACAUCGAGCGAGAUCUGCAACUCCUGGGAGCAACCGGAGUGGAGGACAAACUUCAAGACAAAGUUCAGGAGACCAUCGAAGCGUUGCGUCUGGCAGGAAUCAAAGUGUGGGUGCUGACGGGAGACAAACACGAGACAGCGGUUAGCGUCAGCUUGUCCUGUGGCCACUUCCACAGAACCAUGAACAUCUUGGAGCUUCUGCAACAACACUCCGAUAAUGAGUGUGCCGAGCAACUCCGUAGGCUGGACAGAAGGAUAAAAGACGACCACGUCAUUCAGCAUGGGUUGGUUGUAGACGGAGCCAGUUUGUCUCUAGCACUGAGGGAACAUGAGAAGCUCUUCAUGGAAGUGUGUAAAAAUUGCUCAGCUGUGUUGUGCUGCCGCAUGGCCCCGCUGCAAAAGGCCAAGGUGGUGCGACUUUUGAAGACGUCUCCAGAAAAGCCAAUCACCUUGGCUGUUGGGGAUGGAGCAAAUGAUGUCAGUAUGAUACAAGAAGCUCAUGUGGGCAUAGGUAUCAUGGGGAAGGAGGGUCGUCAGGCCGUGAGAAACAGCGACUAUGCAAUUGCUAGGUUUAAGUUCCUGGCUAAACUUCUGCUGGUCCACGGUCACUUCUACUACAUUCGAAUAGCUACGCUUGUACAGUACUUUUUCUACAAGAAUGUGUGUUUUAUCACGCCACAGUUUUUAUACCAGUUCUUCUGUUUGUUUUCACAACAAACUCUGUAUGACAGUGUUUACCUGACACUGUACAACAUCUGCUUCACCUCGCUGCCCAUCCUGGUGUACAGUCUGUUUGAGCAGCUGGUCCACCCCCAUGUCCUGCAGAGUAAACCUGCUCUGUACAGAGAUAUUAGCAAGAACUCGCUGCUGUCUUUUGGGACAUUCUUGUACUGGACUCUGUUGGGCUUUUGUCAUGCAUUCGUCUUCUUCUUUGGGUCCUAUAUACUGAUGGGAGAAGACACAACACUCAUGGGCAAUGGACAGAUCUUGCGAGCUAACAGGCAGCUGAUGUUUGGGAACUGGACUUUUGGAACCCUUGUCUUCACUGUUAUGGUCAUCACUGUCACAUUAAAGCUUGCAUUAGAAACUCAUUUUUGGACCUGGAUGAACCAUUUUGUGACGUGGGGCUCCAUAGCUUUUUACUUCAUAUUCUCCCUCUUCUAUGGAGGCAUCAUCUGGCCCUUCCUGCACACCCAGGACAUGUACUUUGUCUUUGUCCAGCUGCUGUCCAGUGGUUCUGCCUGGUUCGCCAUCAUUAUCAUCAUCAUCACCUGCCUCUUUCCUGAUGUACUUAAGAAGGUCAUGUACAGACACCUGAAGCCCACCAGCACACAGAAGAGUCAGUCUCUAUCAGCCUCCCAGACGCAGGCCCUCAGCUGUGUGGAGUCCCUGUGCUGCUACCAACAUGGGCAAAGCGGCUGUUCCCGCCUGGCCCAGCUCCUGGAACAAAUGACCGGACAGUGCAAGGCUAGCAUCAACAAUUGCCACGCAUCCAGCCGCUUCAACAGGUCUUGGAGCGAUACAGAGAACUUCUACUCAAACGAUCGCAGCAUCCUGACGCUGUCGCCCAUYGAAGCCAGCUGCUGACUCCCUGGGACAUGAACUUGAACUCGCAUCUGGGAGGGGGCAUGCAACUCGGUUACAGAUUAUAAUCACACUCCGGCCUCCCCACCAACACCAUUUUAUGAUAAACUCAGUGGAUAUUCUAUAAGAUUGGGAUAAGGAGGUGAAGGAUUCAUCUCCAUGCUACAGCCUGCUUUAUCCGUUACCUCCUCCUGGGCCUGAGUGCACGAUUUCUUAGCAGGGCCAAGAAGAAGAUCAGACGGGAGCCACAACAGGAAAGGAAAUGAAACGAGUCGACCUGUUUCAACAUUUCUGGUGUUGCAGCRUUUAUCAAAGAUGCAAUCAGGACACGAGCAGGAAAUGUCAGAUUCCAAGUCUGCAAGUCCCAUGAAGCAAUCUGAAAACCCAUUUUUAAAAGUMUUCAGUCGUUUAUCUGUGACCCCCUCACAAAGCUUUUUAUUUUUCCAUAGAUCAGCUGCCAAACUUCUGUGGGGAGGGGGCGUCUUCUGCAUCUGGCAGGAAAUAGACCGAAGUAGAAUUUUCAGAUUUUUCUCUAUUUUUUCUUACAGAUGUUUGCUAAUGUCAGAUCAGUUCUGUUAAACAGACUGUAAAGUAAACCAGUUGAAAUGGUUUGGUAAUUUAUGUAGCCUUUGAAGGUCCAACGUGGACAACAUCCUGAAAACGUCUGAGAGACAUCAGCUAAAGCUAAAGCUAAACAUCCAGCUGCUUCCAGUGCAGCCGUCUGCCCCGCAGCUGCACUUGUUUCAUUCAGAUGGAAAGAAAACGGAUAGUCCUGUAGCAUCCAGAAGUUCUGCUGAGACCCACAGCUGUACCUGGACCUCUGCAAUGGUACCAAAGACCAACGGAUGAAGGCUGAAAUUUCAAAGUGUUUAUUUUUGUGCCUGAUUGUAAAGAAGCUUAUAUUGUUAAAAAAGAAAAAAGACUUGUUUUUGUUUGUGCUGCUUUCUCGUCUCCUUGUUCAGCCGUCUGUCUCACCUGGUGGGGAGCUCUAAAAGAGGCAGARCGUUUAAAAAGCCAUACAUUUUGAAGAGGUUAUAUUAUUGAUAAAUAUGAACAAAUAGUGACGGUACUGCAGAUUGUUGUUUUGAGCCUGUUGUUGUUUUGUAUUUGUUCCCUGUAAAUGCCUUUUCUUCAUCAGCCUGACGACCAAAAGCCUCUCGGCGUUACAGACCGUCGUGGCCGAGGAUUGUUUGUAGUCCCAAAGCAGAAUAAAUAUAUUGAUUUUUAUAACAUUAAAACAAAAAUACUGAUGGGAGAAGAAAAAUUACCAGUUGACUAAAAGCUAUCCAUSGAGGUAAAUGCUUUAAUUUAGUUUUAUUUGCACAAAGAUGGCUUUAAUGUUGAGAAGCUUUUCUAAACUCCUGGCUGAUGUAUUUUUGACCCAGACAGCAGAAUGUUCACGUUCAGAAGACAAACAUGAUCUACCUUUUUAAGCAAAGAGGAAAAGCAGAGCKUUUGCACAAGUCACAUAUCAAAAUCACAACUUCUCGGCUGUCAUUUCCUCUGAGAAAAAAAAAAAUCAUAAUCAUCUGUCAUUGAAGUCAUUCAAGUCAUGUUUUUUGCUGUUGCAUUGUUUUUGCAGUGUGUUUCUGCUGUCCGUGUGUGUGUCUGUCUGUGUGUGUGUCGAAGGUUUUCUGUUGGUUGAAGUAGCUCUGUGGCCACGUGCAGCCUAAAGGUCACAGAUCAGGUUUAGCAGCUCUUGAAGAUUACCGAUAGUUGUUUGACGUUUCCAGCUAGACGAGCGUUUUAAACUCGACACCAACACUGAACAUGUGCAGAUUAGAUGUGAAGUUUUCGGAUGUGUCUGUUGCACGAUUAAAGAUUUUCCACUGCAGCUCCAGACUGAAUCAG